CACAUAAAAGGGAAGUCAUAACAGCAGUGAGCAUCAUUCCUUUCACUUUGAAGCUACAGUAAGAAAAGUGAUCAGAGAAGGAAAACCAUGAGUACCAUUUCCAAGAAUUCCUUGAAGAGCUCCCUGCUGCAGCUAGAAUGUCAUUUUACAUGGACUUUGCUGAAGCAGGAUGUGGAUCUGGAUGAGCUAGAGGAAACAAUAGAUAGCCAGAUUGAGUUUUUAACAGAAUCCGCCAUCACAAAUUAUAAUCUGCUGUCCUAUGUGUGCCACCUGAAGAAAUCAAAUGAGGAAGCCCUGAGAAAUCUCAAAAGAGCUGAAGAAGAAGUUAAAAAAAAUCAUCCAGAUGAAAUUGCCAGGAGAAGUCUCGUUACCUGGGGGAAUUAUGCCUGGAUCUAUUACCACAUGGAGAGAUAUGAAGAAGCUCAAACAUAUGUAAGGAAAGUGGAAAACGGCUGUGGAAAGCUUUCAAGUACCGCUCAACAGAAGACUCAGUUUCCAGAGAUCUAUGCUGAGGAAGGAUGGGCAUUAUUAAAGUUUGGGAAAAAAUACUAUGAGAGAGCACGAGAUUGCUUUGAAAAUGCCCUGAAGAAUGAACCCAACAACCCGGAAUUUAAUGCAGGCUAUGCAAUAACAAUGUAUCGUUUGGAAGAGACCUCUCUGGCACAGGGUACCCAAGUAGGCCUGUCCUUCCAGCCUCUGGAGCGUGCAGUGGAACUGAACCCAGAGGAUACUUUCAUUAUGGCAUUAUUUGCAUUGAAGCUUCAGGACUUAAAGCGAUUUAAUGAAGGGGAAAUGUAUAUUGAAAGAGCAUUGUCAAAAACCCCUGAUCUUCCUUAUGUCCUGCGAUAUGCUGCUAAAUUUUACAGAAGGAAUAGAAAAGUGGAGAAGGCACUGGAGGUUUUGAAGAAGGCCCUAGCAGUGACACCAAAAUCUACCUUUUUGCAUCACCAACUAGGACUCUGCUACAGAAUAAAGUUCUUUCACUUGAGAAAGUCUGCAAAAUGUACACCUCAAAAGCAAGUGGAUGAACUCCUCCGACUUUCUAUUUUUCAUUUUAAAACAGCAAUUGAAAAAAAACCAAAAUUUUUUGCUGCCCAUACUGACUUAGCAGGAAUGUAUGAAGAAGCAAAGAUGUAUAGAGAAGCAGAAGAGAUGUAUCAGAAAGCGUUUCAAAUAAACAUUCUAUCCUGUACUGAUAAGCAACAGCUUUACCUGUCUUAUGGCAAUUUUCAGAAUUUUCAUAUGAAAUCAGAAUCUGAAGCCAUUCGGUAUUACACAGAAGGUGUGAAAAUUGAAGAAGAUUCUUUUAUAAGAGAUAAAUGCAAAGAAGCUCUGAAGAAAUUGCUGAAGAAGAGAAUUCAGGAGGGGUUAGGAGAUGCAUCAGAUUUUGCGACGCUUGGACUCGUUCAUAGUUUAAACAGUGAGAAAGGUGAAGCAAUAGAGUGUUAUGAAAAAGCUGUUGCAUUGCGUCCUGACUGUGAAGAAUAUCUGAGCGCGUUAUGUGAGCUACGGCUCUCCAUCUCAUGUUGAAACUCUCAAAAAUUCCUCACAUCAAGGAAAACCCAGCCUCAAACUCCGAGGAUGUUUCAGCAGACUCUACAAACUUUUUUAUUUGUAGGAUUGAAGUUAUAAUCAGAUGAAAUAUCGGGUGGCAUCACUUUGUAGUCAUAAUGUAGAAGCUGCAGACGAUUUUGUUUGUUUGUUUGUUUGUUUUCAUUCACCACCAGAGAGCAUGCUUGGAAAUACUAAAUAAUAGCUAUGUCAAUCUUCAAUGCGAACACUGUUAACAAAGGUUAUGUUGAAAUGAUCUGUACAACACAGGUCUCAGCUGGAAAUGAGAUCUUGUCUUGUACCAAGAAAAAGACAAGGGAAAUAUAUUGGAGAAUUUCAUCUAUCCACUUGAAAGAUUUAAAAAGUGCUCUGCAGAGGCACUGAGUUGGCUCAACCCCAGAAGUGGAUCUGACUCGGAGCCGGGAAAUGUUUUGAGCAACUUCUUACAGGAGCCAUCUUUACAGCCCCUUCCCCAUCAACAGAAAUAGCUCCACACAAAUCCAUGGCACUUAUACACAAAUGGAAUUUCUGAUGUUUGUCAAAUACUUUUAAAAUGUCAUUUUUAAGUGUUGUUUAGAAGAAACUUGUUGAAGGUUUGCUCAGUUUACUAAGCUGUAUUUAGUAACUCUGUAGUAGCUUUUCAUGUAACUGAAAAAUAACGCUGUUUGUCCUGUUCACUAGAAAGCUUACAAAAUGUGUAUUAUUGAUGUGAACUAUUAAAACGCAUUACAUUCAUCAA